ACAGCGUUUUAAGGCCGAGCUGGUGUCAGUGCACCGCAGUGCGGUUGCGGUACACAGCUCUGAGCAGACAGAUAGCCUGUGCUCACGGAGAGAGAAGUCACAGAAAAAGGCGCUCUGCAGUGAACUCAAGAUGUUCCUCACGCUGCUUUUGGUCUCCACGGCUGUGGCCAGCCCUCUGCUGGGAACUGAGCAGUGUGCUCGUGGGCCCCCGUACUGGUGCCAAAACGCGAAGACGGCUUCCCUUUGUGGUGCAGUGUCCCACUGCCAACAGAAUGUCUGGAAUCAGCCUCAUAUGAAAUCAGUGCCAUGUGACUUAUGCAAAGAGGUGUUGAUUGUGGUAGGCCAACUGCUUAAGGACAAUUCAACAGAGGCUGAGGUCCUGAGCUACCUUGAAAAAACAUGCCAGUUGAUUCCUGAUGAAGGCCUGGCCGCUCAAUGCAAGGAAGUUGUGGAUAAUUACUUCCCUGUCCUCAUUGACAUUAUUAAAGGAGAGCUGGAGGACCCAGGUGUGGUAUGUAGUGCUCUUGGCCUGUGUGUAUCCCAGCAGGAGGUUCUUGCCAAAGCUCAGCUCAUAUCCAAUGAGAUUCCUAAGGUGGAUCUGACCCAGAGGGUUAAUCCAUUACUCCUCAACAUCCCUCAGCUCCUUUACCCCAAGGAGAAUGCCAAUAAGGAGAAGGAGAUCACCGCAGAGGAGAGUGAUGCUGUGUGCGAUGACUGUGUAAAGUUCAUCACUGACACUCAGGAGGAAGCCAAGAAAAAUGCUUCCUUUGUCACCUCCCUGAUUGAACAGAUUGAGAGGCAGUGUGACCUGCUGGGUCCUGGCAUGGCUGAAAUCUGCAAGCAGUACGUCGGCCAGUACGGUCCUCUUGUUUUUCAGCAGCUCAUGUCCAUGCAACCCAAAGACAUCUGUUGCCGUGCUGGUUUCUGUGACUCCACCCUCGAAUCUGUUCCCAUGCUGAAUCUGGUUCCUGCUAAAUCCAUCCCUGCAAAAAAAACCAUCCCUGCCACUAAACUGGUAAAGGCUUCCUCCAUCAAAGUUGCCAAGAAGAUGGUGCGUGCCCGUGAAUCCCCUCAGUGUGCCAUCUGUGAGUUUGUGAUGAAGGAGCUUGAAAGUAUAAUCCAGGACCACACCACUGAGGAAGAAGUGGUGCAAGCUGUGGAGAAAGUGUGCAGCCUCCUGCCCUCCACCCUUACUGCUCAGUGCAAGGAUCUGAUUGAGACCUAUGGCCAGGCAAUCAUUGAGCUGCUGAUACAGGAAGCUGAUCCCAAAACUGUCUGCAGCCUGCUGGGGCUGUGCAGGGACGCGAGUCGCGCCUUCAUCCCUGUGAUGGAAAAGGCUGAGUUUGAGGCUGGUGGGUUCUGUGAUGUGUGCAAGAUGGCUGUGCGCUACAUAGACGGCAUCCUGGAGCAGAACGCCACAGAAGCCCAGAUCGAGGAGGCCGUGAAAAAAGUCUGCAACUUCCUGCCUGAUGAAUUUAAAACUCAGUGUGACCAGCUCAUUGAGCAGUAUGAGCCUCUGCUUGUCCAGCUGCUGCUCCAGGCCCUCGACCCUGACUUUGUCUGCAUGAAGCUGGGUGCAUGCCCUGGAGCACUGCGGAUGCUGCUGGGUGUUGAGCAGUGCAGCUGGGGUCCAGCCUUCUGGUGUAAGAACAUGGAGACUGCCACCCGCUGUAAUGCGGUGACCCACUGCAGACGUCACGUUUGGAGUUAGAGUGGAGCGGAGUGCACAAACUGACCUAAGGAGUUAAAGGAGAAUGUCUGUAGCGCUGUGUAUCUGUUAUACAAAAAUCGGCCCUUCCCUGUGUUUUUAUUUUAGACGGUGAAUCAGAUUUAAAUAGUUCUAUCAAAACAAAUUAAGCAAUUUUGCCAUCUGGGGAGGAUUAAAGUUGCCACUCGAGGGAAGGUAAAAGUACUAUGCGGGAGGUGGAGGACAUAUGGAGGGGAGUGAAUUUGACUGAAUUUUUUUACUGAAUGUGAACUGAAUCUUCAACUGCUGACAUUUUGAUUUGGGGGGGGGGGGGUGGCAAUAGUUUUAGUGUGCUUUUUCUCUCCUUGAAUUGCUCUGUUUUUCUUCAAAGGGUGAUUUUGUGUGAAUGUGGGUGGGCAUUAAAGAUAAGGUUGUGCCUUGAGCAAAGAGGAAGUCUAGGAUGUCUGAAUGAAGACCGUUUUGACUCCCUUGUAAAGGAAAACUUGCCCCUGCAACUGCUAUAGCCACAAGAGCAGUGAGCUGACUUAGGAGCUUUUGUUUUUACUGACUAAAAUUUUUCAUCCUAAUUGAAGUUUAUUUUCAAUGUUUUGUAAUAGCAUCUGUAUUCAUCAGUCUGAAGGCCCUGUUAAAUUCCUGUGACCUCACACCCAGUUUUUGUCUGUGGCCUUGAUUGACUUUUUUUUUUUUUUUUUUGUCUUGGUGAAAUGAUCCAGAGCUUCAGUGUGCUUCAAUCUUAAUACAGAGCUAUUUGGUCGAAUCUGUAAAAUUUUUAAUGGAAAUUAAAAGAACCUAAAUCUA